CUGCGGGUAGUUGCAUAACGUCUGUUUAGUUAGUAUGGAUAAAUGAAACCUCACAUUUGUGUGUUUGUCUGAGGUGCACUUAAACAGAUUUCUGACGUGCUGUGUUUGUUUCCAUAGCGACGGUGUAACAUGCCUGCGUGUCCUGGUACCGAAUGAGACUUGUGUGUUUUGAUUGAGCUGGAUUUUAAACGAUACUUAACAGGUAUACAACACAGAACAGCUGAAAAAAGAAUUACAAUUCUAAUGAUGUCCGAUAUAACAGUGGGUCUAGAUUCCUUCAGCUUCGAAUCUGGGUUAAGUGAAAGUGAAACAGCUUUCCUGUAUCUGAAAGCACGCUAUAAUGCUCUGAUGCUUUGUGCCUGUGCCCAUGCUGCCUUCUUCGUCAAACUAAACCAUGCAGUACGAUUAAGAGUGUUAAAGGGACUUGGUUCUCUAAGAUCUAAAGUAUCCUGUUUGCAUCUAUCUGCUGAUGGCGGAAUUCUGAAAGUCGGUGUUCUAGGAGGAGGCCGCAUUGGAAAACAACUGACAAAGGUGCUGCUCCAAUUUACAAACCUUCAUCCAGGAAACCUUAAAGUUUCCAGCAGAAGACCAGAGACCUUAGAUGACCUCAAGAUAUUAGGGGUGGAAUGCUUUUAUGACAAUCGCCAUUUGGCUGCCUGGGCUGAUGUUCUUUUUCUCUGCUGCCUUCCCUCUCACUUGUCAAGAGUCUGUGCAGAAAUUCAACCUGAACUCAGCCAGUCCUGCAUUGUAUAUAGCUUUGUCAGUGCUGUGCCUGUGCCCAGACUCAAGCAGCUAUUGGGUCACAGUUCCAUCCUGAGGCCAGAGUAUACAAUUAUAGAGGGUGGUUCUGGUAAUGUGUGGGAGCAAGUGAGUGAUGUAAUUGCUUCUCUGAAAGACCCGUUGGUGGUAGAGGCCACAUGUCCUUUGAGGCAGACUGGAGGAAUAUCUGUUGAUAGAAAAUGGUUUGCAGCUGUACUCUACUCUGUCCUGAAUGUCUGUAGCCAUAUGAACGUGGAUUCCCAGCAGUCUCUGAAUAUUAUCAAUGAGUUGUUAAUAAAGCAGUCGCCAGCACAGAACAAAUCAGAAGGCACAUUUCUUUUCACCACCCAAAAUUUUGUUAAUGCAACCUUUGCAUCCACUCUCUCUGAGGAUGACCCGUUCCCCUGGAUCAGCCUCACAGACGUGCUUCUGAAAGACACUCCGCUGUCAAAGAUUCUUUCAGAAGAUCAUUCUUUCCGAGAGCAUCUUGCUGCAACGUAUUGUGCUGCCCAUAGAGUCCCAUCUACAGAAAGUGAAGAGACUAAAGAACAGGAAACAUCCCUCCAGCUGACUGCAUAGUCGCAUUACAUGUGUGUGCAGAAUGUAACUUGAACUAAUACACCAUCGCUUAAUUUGUUCAUUUGAAUACAUCCUGCAACAGGAUUUGAAUGACCACGUACCCAGCCAGUUGUGACAGCCUUACACUGCUGUUGGUGAGAAUCUUGUUGGUGUACAGUAUCAAUCAAUGUCAGUAUUCAAUAGCUUUAUGUAUUUAAUAUAGUUGUAUUAUUAUGUUACUGUUCUAUAAAAAGGAAUAACUUGAUCUGUACAACAUUUUAUUUUCAUUGUAGUAUGGACUUGACCUCCUAAAAUAUGAAAAAUUAA